AAUGUCAAAGUCCACAAAACAUUACUGGAGCUUCACAACAAACCAGCCUUGCAGCAUUCUCCAAAACAGCUGAGGUAGAACGGCACUUGCUUUAAAACUUUGGCUAUUAAACAACCCCCCAAAAAAACCCAUAAAAUGGCCGUUUUGCAGGUACUCUGGCAUAAUCCAAGUGUCCAGAAAGCCCUGCGAUCCCCAAUUGAUUAUUAAAAGAUGUUAUCUACAACCUCAGUGCACGGUCCAGCUUGUCUGUGUCAGAUGGGAUGCAUGCUAAUAAUUUUAGCUUAGCAGCUACAGUGAAGAUUUCAGUGAAAGAAAAGGUAAAAUACCUCUGGCACGGAAAUGGAUCCCGACUCUCUUUAUGGGAACCUGCCUGCUCCUCUGUGCCAGGAUGGUCAUGCCGGUCUGUGCAGUGUCCAUGGCAGCCUCUCUGAACUGGAGUAAGAUCGACACUGGGCUGGUACUGGGUGGAUUCUUCUGGGGUUACUGUUUGACUCAGAUCCUGGGAGGACAUGCCAGUGACAAAAUGGGAGGAGAGCGCGUCCUGUUCAUGUCUGCAACCUCGUGGGCUCUCAUCACAGCCGCUACGCCUCUGCUGGGCCACAUGGGCUCUCACACCACCGCUCUCAUGACUUUGGCCAGAUUCCUGAUGGGACUCCUGCAGGGUGUUUUCUACCCCUCCUUGGCCAGCCUUUGCUCCCAGCGUGUAGUGGAGGGAGAGAGAGGGCUUUUAAUGAGCACCAUGAACGCCGGAGGCAAUCUCGGAAUGUUGUUAGCGGGCGCGUUGGCAUCCCUGUUGCUGGACCGGUAUGGCUGGGAAAGCGUGUUCUACGCUUCUGGUUUCCUGUCUGGCCUCUGGGCAUUCAUUGUUUGGAGGUGUUUCUUAAAAGGUGAAGUCGCCCCCAAACCGAUACAGCUGAGUAGAGAAUCUCAACAUGUGUCACUGAUGCGUGCUCUGAGGUUUCUGACGGUGCCAUCUGUCUGGGCCAUGGUGUUUGCUCACAUGUGCAUCUCCAGCACUUCCUACACUUUAUUGUCAUGGCUGCCAACAUACUUUGAGGAAUCGUUUCCACAUGCCAAGGGAUGGGUGUAUAACAUAGUUCCAUGGUUUACUGCAGUCCCAUCAGGAAUUGGUGGAGGAUGUCUUUCAGAUCAUCUCAUUAACCAAGGAUAUCGUGUAUCAUAUGUGAGAAAGUUUAUGCAGUUCCUUGCCAUGGGUGCAUCGAGCGUGUUUAUUCUGCUGCUGUCUGGAGCUGUCACAUUUCCCUCAAGUUUGAUUUUCGUCUGCACUGCGAUUGGUCUGUGCACCUUCACCAGCGGUGGCGUGACUGUGAAUGUCCAGGAUCUGACCCCAUCAUGUGCUGGUGCCCUCUUCGGUUUUAUGAACAUGUGUGGUGCUUUUAUGGGACUGGUGGUGGUCUCCUUGUCGGGUUACCUGAUUGAGGUCACGCAGUCGUGGGUCACCGUGUUCUCACUCAUCGUUUUAAUAAAUGUCACAGGCCUCGGGGUUUUCCUCAUCUUCGGAGAUGCUCGUCGCGUUGACAUGGACGGACACAGAAAGAUGGACUUGUCUUGACCCCGUGUUUCAAAUACCAGUCCGUAUUUGACUGUGUGACCGGACAUUACAAAUUAAAUCUGUAUCAACAGUCA